AUGAGCGACAAUUUUUGCGAUCGACUUUACGUCGGCGGCUUCGCACCGACACUAAACAGUCAAAUGGUCAAGGCUCUCAUAAGCGAGGCAAGUAUUCCAUUCGAAGUCACCAUCGAUGUUGUCGAAAACGGAUCAAAGAAGCAUCGCGGAUUUGCGUUUGUGCAAUGUCGAAAUUCGCAAGAAGCUGCAUUGCUGUUAGCCAAAUACUCGAAAACAUUUUCAAAAGUGAAUUUUGCGAAACGUGAGCCGAAGCCACCAGAUACUAUAAUGCGAAAUAUAUCGAAUGUAUUCGUGCGAGGAAUCACACGGGAAAUGACUGAUACCGAACUAUACGAUGCAUUCGGAGGUUCUCAGAAUGGAGUCGUACAGUGCCACGUGGCAGACGGAUACGGAUUCGUAUUAUUCGAUACUCGGACAAAUGCCGAAAAGAAAAUUACAGAAAUGAAUGGGAAAAUAUUGAAGGGCAGUCGAAUAUCGGUCACUUGGGCCCGUCCAGAUACAUUGGGCCGAAAAAGGAAACGACCUGACGAAACACUCAAAAUGUAUGUUGAAUUGAAUUCGCCUGAUAUGACAGUCUUGCCAUUCAAACGACCGACACCUCAAAUCCCUUUGAUAAAUCCCAGUGUUUACAGUAACCUUCCGCUUUUUCCGAAUUACGUUUUGAUGAACCAACCGCCCAUUCAAACAUAUCCAACAAUUUUGGGCACAACACCGAACGAUUUCGAUCUUCUACGAUUGAUGUUUUAG